AUGGCCGCCCCUGCGCAACGGCAAGAGCUGGAUACUUGGUCGAUACCAGGCUAUGUUAUUUUCCCCGAGCAAAACGACAUAGCACCCCAGUCUAGGGCUGUUCCUCACCCGCAAGUUCAUCCACUAGAUCAACUCUCCGUGUGGGAAAUUUCCAGAAGCGCCAAGCUCAUCCGCGACUUUGCCAACACCAAGCAGCUCAAGUUUAACUGCAUCACUCUGCGCGAGCCCAAGAAGAAUGAAUAUGCCGCCUUCCGAUUGAGGAGGGGUCCUCGUCCUGAGCGGCGUGCGUUCGCCAUUGUGCUGGAACAGGGCAUGCCAAACGUCGCCGAGGUGAUUGUCAACUUGACCAGGUCCCAGGUCGAGGACUGGAAGCCCGUCACCAAUGUAGCCCCGACGCUUACCCUCGAAGACCUCGACGUCAUGGAGCGUGUUGCCCGCACUGACCCGCGCGUCAUCGAGGUUUGUGCCGAGAUUGGCAUCACAGACAUGUCCCAGGUCUACCUUGAUGCCUGGGCCAUUGGCGUCGACGACCGAUGGGGGUUCGAGCGACGUCUGCAACAGGGCUUGCCUUACUACCGCGCCUCGGGACUGGACAACCAGUAUGCUCACCCGCUCGAUUUUACUGUUGUGGUGGAUACAGAAACAGAGGAGGUUCUCAGCGUUGACGUCCGCCUCGUCAAUGGUGAGCGAACCAAGAUUCCUACCGAGCCGCACAAUUACUUGCCGCAAUUCAUCAGUGAGGGCUAUGAGCCGCAUAAGCUCAAGCCCAUUGACAUUACACAACCAGAAGGCGUGUCUUUCCAGAUGAAGGGCAACGAGAUUCAGUGGGCCAACUACAAAAUGCACAUUGGUUUUAACUACCGCGAAGGCAUCGUCCUCUCCGACGUGCGCAUUCACGAUCCCUACGAAAACUGUGAACGCACCCUUUUCAAUCGCAUCAGCGUCGUGGAGAUGGUUGUUCCCUAUGGAAAUCCGGACCCGCCUCAUCACAAGAAGCAUGCAUUUGAUGUGGGCGAGUAUGGUUCUGGCCUAAUGACCAACUCUCUCAAGCUCGGAUGCGAUUGCAAGGGAGCGAUUCACUAUCUCGACGGCAUCGUGUCCACAUCCACUGGCCAGGCGGCAGUUAUUCCCAAUGCCAUCUGCAUCCACGAGGAAGACAACGGCCUGCUCUACAAGCACACCGACUUCCGGGAUGCCCACGUCGUUUCCGCCCGCGACCGCAAGCUUAUCAUAUCGCAGAUAAUCACCGCCGCCAACUACGAGUAUGGCUUCUACCACAUUUUUACCCUUGACGGCACCUACAAGCUUGAAAUAAAGCUGACCGGCAUGCUCAACACCUACUGCAUGCAUUCCACCGAGUCGGCCGCUCCCUACGGUACAGAGGUUGCCCCUGGUGUCAGCGCCCACAACCACCAGCACAUCUUUUCUCUUCGCGUCGACCCCGAAAUCGACGGCCCCAACAAUUCUAUCCUCCAGAGUGAUGCUGUCUCUUCCGACGCCCCUGUCGGUUCGCCCGAAAACUUGUACGGCAACGGUUUCUAUUGCAAGAAGGCGUUGCUAAAGACCGCCAAGCAAGCUGCCGCGAACUAUUGUCACGAGACGCAGCGGACAUGGGACAUUAUUAACCCAAGCAAGCUGAACAAAUCCUGUAAGAAACCCGUGGGCUACAAAAUCGUCAAUAACAACUGCCCGCCUCUGCUUGCCAAGCCCGGUAGUGUCGUGUACAAGAGAGCUGCCUUUGCGCGCAAAUCUCUCUGGGUUGUCCCCUACAAGGACUACGAACUCUUCCCCGCCGGCGACUACGUGUGUCAAUCCAACGGUGAAGAGAACCAUCCACAUAAUGGGACUGUCCUUGACUGGUCGAAUCGAGACGAGAGCAUCGAAAAUACAGAUAUCGUAUGCUACAUGCAGUUUGGGCUAACCCAUUUCCCCCGCUGUGAGGACUUUCCCAUCAUGCCUGCCGAGCCGGUGGGUGUCAUGAUGCGUGCUAGUAAUUUCUUUACCAAGAACCCUGCCUUGUGGGUUCCGCCGUCGCAGAUCAAGAAGGACACGACCUCGAGGAAUGCUUUCCCAAACGCUGUAUGCUGUAGGGGGCAGAAAACGAAUCCCAGGUUGUAA